AUGGCGCCAACAUCACACCUUCCUCUUUUCGGUGGAAUCCGAGCCUGGGAUUCCAAGGACUGGACCUCCUCGGAUGACCGCGUCCGCGGCGGUGCCUCCCACUCAACCCUCACUUGCUCUCCGUCCUCUCUGGUGGCCAAGUUCCAUGGUAACCUCGAUAUCACCACCCUCGGUGGCGCAGGCUUUGCUUCACAGCGUACGACCGGCGAAGACCGUACCUGGAACUUGUCGCGCUACGAUGGCAUUGAACUUGUCAUCGACCACGCAGAUAACAAGCUCUACACCCUUACUCUGAAGGAUGAGAUUCUUCCUAAGCGACCCGAUGGUCGCGAGCAGAGUACUUUGAGUUGGGAGUUUGAUUUCCGGGCCGAGGGACGCACGACCAUAUUUGUGAAGUGGAGCGAUUUCCGUCCCACGUAUCGCGGCAAGGAGAAGAAGGACGUUGAACCGUUGGAUUUAAAGAAUAUUAAGAGAUUCAGUAUCAUGAUAAGGAGUUUCUUUGGUGAGCAAGACGGCGACUUCGAACUUGGCGUUGUCUCAAUCGCGGCUUUGCGAACUGAACGUUACUCGGACAACCCCGAUGAGGCGAGUGAGGAGGAAGAAUUCGAUGAGAAGACUGAUGCUGAUCGGCGCGGGCGUCGGGGGCUGUUUGGGUGGUUGACUCGAUGUCUCGGGGUUUAA